UGGAGCACCUUGGAAUAGAUGUGAGCACAAGGCACGGCGCCGGCUGACGCUGCCCGGGAACACCAUGGCUGCCGCCCCGCAUCUCAACUCGGAUGCGCUCCGAGAGGUCCUGGAGUGCCCCAUUUGCAUGGAGUCCUUCACUGAGGAGCACCUGAGGCCCAAGCUCCUGCACUGCGGGCACACCAUCUGCAAACAGUGCCUGGAGAAGCUCCUGGCAAACAGCAUCAAUGGGAUACGGUGCCCGUUCUGCAGCAAGAUCACGCGGAUCACGAGCCUGGCUCAGCUGACUGACAACCUCACUGUGCUCAAGAUCAUCGACACUGCUGGACUGGGGGAAGUGGUGGGGCUCCUCAUGUGCAAGGUCUGCGGGAGAAGGUUGCCGAGGCACUUUUGCAAGAGCUGCAGCUUGGUUUUAUGUGAGCCCUGCAAGGAGGCUUCACACCUGCCCCAAGGGCACAGAGUCAUUGCUAUCAAAGAGGCUGCUGAAGAGCGUAGGAGGGAAUUUGGGACGAGGCUUGCCAGGCUAAGGGAGCUCAUGGGUGAUCUCCAGAAAAGAAAAGCUGCUCUGGAGGGUGUUUCAAGAGACCUGCAAUCCAGGUACAAAGCAGUUCUGCAGGAGUACAGCAAAGAAGAGCGCAAGAUCCAGGAGGAACUGGCCAGGUCACGCAAGUUCUUCACCACCUCUUUGUCUGAAGUGGAGAAGGUAAAUAACCAGGUAAUGGAGGAGCAAGCCUACCUGCUGAACUUAGCAGAAGUGCAGAUAAUGUCCCGCUGUGACUAUUUCCUUGCCAAAAUAAAGCAGGGGGAUAUAGCCCUCCUGGAGGAGGCGGCAGAUGAGGAGGAACCAGAACUGACAAACAGUCUCCCAAGGGAGCUGACUCUGCAAGAGGUGGAACUCCUGAAGGUGAGCCACGUGGGACCACUGCAGAUCGGGCAGGUGGUGAAGAAACCUCGGUCUGUUAACGUGGAGGAGUCGCUCCCGGAAACUGCAGCAUCCUCGUCGGUGUCAUUUAGGGAGCCUGACCUGGUGCAGGAAGAGCCCAGCUGCACACCCCAUUCCUCACCAGCCAAGCCAAGGAUUCCUGAAGCAGCCACGAGCAUCCAGCAGUGUCACUUCAUCAAGAAGAUGGGCUCCAAGGGCAGCCUGCCAGGGAUGUUCAACCUCCCCGUCAGCCUGCACGUCACCACGCAAGGCGAGGUGCUCGUGGCAGACCGGGGCAACUUCCGAAUCCAGGUUUUUACCCGCAAGGGCUUUCUGAAGGAAAUCCGCCGGAGCCCCAGCGGGAUCGACAGCUUCGUGCUGAGUUUCCUCGGAGCAGACUUGCCCAAUUUGACUCCCCUUUCUGUCACCAUGAACUGCCACGGCCUGAUCGGGGUGACAGACAGCUACGAUAACUCUGUCAAGGUGUACACCAUGGACGGGCACUGCGUGGCCUGUCACCGGAGCCAGCUGAGCAAGCCCUGGGGCAUCGCCGCGCUGCCCUCGGGGCAGUUCGUGGUCACCGACGUGGAAGGGGGGAAGCUGUGGUGCUUCACGGUGGACCGUGGCGUGGGGGUGGUGAAGUACAGCUGCUUGUGCAGCGCGGUGCGCCCCAAGUUUGUCACCUGCGACGCCGAAGGGACCAUUUACUUCACUCAGGGGCUGGGGCUCAACCUGGAGAACCGGCAGUACGAGCACCAUCUAGAAGGAGGCUUCUCCAUCGGCUCCGUUGGCCCCGACGGGCAGCUGGGGCGGCAGAUCAGCCACUUCUUCUCGGAGAACGAGGAUUUCAGGUGCAUUGCUGGGAUGUGUGUCGAUGCCAGGGGAGACCUCAUUGUUGCUGACAGCAGCCGUAAAGAAAUCCUGCAUUUCCCCAAGGGAGGUGGCUAUAACAUCCUGAUCCGGGAAGGACUCACCUGCCCGGUCGGUAUUGCCAUCACUCCCAAAGGGCAGCUCCUGGUGCUGGACUGUUGGGAUCAUUGCAUUAAGAUCUACAGUUACCACCUGAGAAGAUACUCCACCCCUUAAAAGGCAUGGCUGUAAGCAAAGCCUCUCCUGGCAGCAGACAUUCUUCCAGCCUCCCUGCAAUCCAACAAGUGUCAAGCCUUCAGGAAGACUCUGCCAUAACCGAAGGGGAUCUGGCAUAGAGGCCAUCAUGUUUUGUGUUUAGAAACAAAAUAGCUGUUGUGGUGGUGGUGGUCUGCUUUUUCUUCUUCUUUUUUUAUAUAAAAUCCAUACAAGUAAGAACAAGCGCAAAGGAAGGGAUCGAUCCCUUGGAGAAUUGGUUCCUUGCCAAGUGACUGGUCACUCCAUAAACCUUCUCACCUCCUUAUGCCACAUCUCCUGCACCCCCAACUUUUAACCAGUGUCUUUCUUUGUGCCAUAAAAGCUGAGUGACUGCUCUAAAUCACCUUCCCUUACAGGACUAGCGAGGCAAUCCUCCUCUCUCUCUGUGGUACUCGCAAGGAACUGGGUAGCAGUUGUCUGGGCAACUCUUAGAGAGAGCAAUUUGGGAUUGCAUAAAACGAAAUAGCCCUCAUCAACCACGAGGAGAUGGAGCUUUACUCCCACCCUGACAAGGGACAGUUGUCUCUCUCCCGUUUUUCUGGUGUUCAGGAGAUCACCCCGUCGUGCCAUUUGUGAGCUGAGUCUGUUCCAUGUGUAGUGAGUACUGUGCAAUCGUGGGAGACCAAGCUGAGGCAGAAAAUUGCCCUCUUUAUUACUGAGUAGUAAGAAAAGAGGGGUUUUAUUACUACUCAGAGUCCUGCUAGGUAGAAGGGGGUAAAAAGGGAGGGGGCUGAAGGAAAAAAAAAACCUGAGGGGAAACCUAGGGUUGCUAUUUACUGCUGUUUUAUUAUUAAAUGUAUCCUGGAAACUGUC